AUGGCACAUGUACCUCCGCAUAACUCCUUACGGUCAGUUACAGCCAAUUCCUCUUCUAGUGUGUUUGGUCUUUCGUUGAACAAACAUGGGUUAUCGUUUCAAAAGCCUUCUUCGUCUCCACACAAUGGUCGCAUUGCCGCUCUUCCUCCACUUCAACUGACUGUGCCUGUUAUUGGUGGUGAACAAGAAUCUCCGAGUGCAUCUCGUUCUUUCUCUUCGGACACAUUCAAGUUGCAAAAGCAGAAACAAAAGGAAACAGCCCAUCGACCUGCCAUCAUGAGCAGUACGGCCACUGUCGAUUCUUAUUUUCAACGCACAAAACAACAACAACAACAUACGAUACCAGCAAUAGUGGAGAGUAGCCAGUCUCUUGUAUUUGCAGCAGGAACACUUCAUACAGCAGUACGGCGAUGUUUAGCACUAUGCACUGGCAGCAAUAUCAAUGGGGACCUCGACACUCUAUCAGAUGCGCUUGGUAAAUCCAGUAUAUCGGUUGAGGAAUUGGUUCAAGCGUUGGAGGAGCAUGAUAACAAUCGACUUGCCAUUGAGAAAUAUGCGUCUGAAUGUAUACGGCAUUUGCAAGUACUAUGUGGCAGCUUACAACAACUAGUACCAUCCCUUGUACCAUGCUUGGAUCCUCGAUUUGCACGACAUUUAUUAUUGACGAUUCAUGGCACCACGGUUGAUAUCAAAGAGGCCUGUGAGACAUUACAAUCAUCCACACCAAAACCAUCAUCUCAACAACAACAACACCUUUUAUCUCCCGACAAUGCAUUCAAACAACAACCUUCUUCUCCUCAUCCACCACCUUACCUUCGAACACGUUCGCAUAGUGAAUACGCUACAGCAUCUACAGCAUCAUCAUCACCUCUGGAUGACCGUGAUCGAUCUCAACUCCAUACCCAUCUUAAACUUGCUGUCACCCAUUCAUUACACGUGACUGAUUUACUCAAAAAAUCCAUUGAUGAUACGGUUGCCAAGGACGACUGUGCACCUACACUACGACAAAAGCUUUUGAAUUUGGGACAACAAGCUCAACAAGCCGCUGGCAUGGCUAUACGUUUGGAUCAAGGAUUACAACGCAUCAUGAAUAAGGAUACCACAGCAUCACCAUCAUCAUCAUCGACGAUAGAAGGAAAUAAGGCAUUUUGGGAAGAGACGAAUGAGUAUCUCAAGGUGAUUAUAUCAGUCAUGAGAGGCAUGCAGUCUAUUUCUACCCAAGAGGAUUUUGGAUGGCCCAAAGCAGUCAAGCAAGGAUGUUUGCAAGUGACACGUGUUACAGCAGAGGUAGCCAAGGUGUGGAAUCGAUAUAGUGCAUCCUUUACUAGUACCAAUGGCGAAGCUGAACCUACUAUUAGUGGAAAACAACAAGAUGAGAAUAAAACUUGCUCUAGUUCUCCCUCGUAUUCAGAUCAAUAA